ACCAAGCAAAGAAGAAUCGUCCCUCUUCCUUUUUCCCCCCACUUAGCGAGGGGGAGAAAGUUUGCUAAUGUUCCGCAUUGUGGAGCUUUUAUUCCCUUGUAAACGCGAGAAUAUCAAACCAAAUUCAACGUUAUCAUGUUGGGAGACAACUGACUGAAGACGAGAGAAAUCCUCUUAAAGGACGCCUGCGCAGUCGGGAGAGAAAAUCGAACCGCCUUUUCCUUCCCCGCCAACUGGCACCGCACCGUAGGGCCGGGCGGACGUCGUCUCACAAUCGAACCCCGUAGUACUCUUUAUUUCUGGCUUUUCCAAAGACCUCCCUAGCAACAUGGAAGCGUUACAUCGCGCCGAACACGAUUCUCCUCUCCUGCUGCCCUCCCUGCGCCUCUUCAUCCCGCCUCUGCGCCUGGUGUCGGCCGCCAUGUGGCAGGUUGUGCAGCGCGGCGACGUGCGGGACUACGGCACGGUGGAGGAGUUUGUCAGCACGGUCACCGACAUUUUACCCGAGCUGUUGAAUCCCGACCAGAAGGCACAGUUGCUGCUGGGUCUCCGGGCACGGGUGGUUGUGGAUUUGUGUCGGUCCGAGGAGAACCCAGAGAGGGAAACCGUUGAGGUGCAUUUAGAACGAAUCAAAGGCCUCAUAUCGACAUGGGCAUCUCAGCCGUGCUUUGCCGAGGUCCAGUUUGCCAAAUCCAACUUUGUGGAUCAGAUCGAGCUACUGCUAAAAGACCCUGAAGAGCGGGACAAGUUCUUUCAGGAGGCGUUUCCAACUGCAUUUGGGCCAGAAUAUGACAGCGCCCUGCAAGUGCUCAUGUUGGACUUCCUCUCCAGGCUGGAUAAGCUUCUGCCUGUCCCGGACCUCCAGCAGACGGCCGCCAUGUUGAGCAAUGUCCCGGAGGCCCUGGACGAGUGCGUCCACUCUGUUCCCCACCCGCCUCACCUGAAGGCGGCGCUCUUGCACCACUCUGCGCUCGGACAUUUCGAUUUAACCGACGACUCUCAGAGCAUCCUGUCCUCCUUCGGGAACUGCAUCCUGUCCUCGCUGUCCCUCCCGCAGCUGGAGAAGGUGGUCAUCGACGCCGACCACAUCCAGCUGCGGGCGCCCGCCGAGCAGAUGGCGGGAUGCGUCACGGUGCAGGUGGAGGGCGAGACGGUCACGCUCUUGGACUACAUCCACAUUGAGGAGGCGCCUGGCUUGAUGGAGCCCGGCCCUCAGGAGGAUGAAGAACAAGACAAAGAGGGAGAGGAAGCGGAGGACGACGACGACGACGCUUCGUUGAAGCCGGCGGCGUUCCAACCGCUCAAGCAGAGCAAGCGUCUGCAGCUGAAGAGGCAAGCGGCCCAGGCGGAGAAAGAUGACGACGACGACAGAUCGGCCAAGCAUCAGAGGAAGAAGCACCCCAGCAACAAGACGUGCCCCGUGUGCGGCAAGAGCUUCCUGCGCGCCGCCGCCAUGAGGCGCCACCAGGAGACGCACUCCGAGAACCGCGAGCUCAAGUACAAGUGCGACCGCUGCGACAAGCGCUUCCGCGACCAGUACGACAUGAAGCGCCACAACAUGCGCGUCCACGAGCGAGACGACGACGACGCAGAGGACGAGGCGGCGGCGCCGGCCGAGCCCGAGUCUCCGGAGAUGCCCGGCGAUAAAAACUGCGCCCUCUGCGGCAAGUACAUUGCGCGCAAGGUGGACAUGGAGCGCCACAUGACGUCGCACUCGGAAGAGCGGCCGCACGAGUGCUCCUUUUGCGACAAGAGGUUCAAGACCCGCUACGUCCUCAAGCGACACCAGAAGGAGUUCUGCAAGAGUCAAACGCUCAAGAGUCACGACGAGCAGAGCCCGGAUCCGCGGCCGGCCACGUCCGCCGAGGGCAAAGUCUGCCCCAUCUGCAGCCGCACGCUGCCGUGCAGCGCCGACAUGGACAAGCACCUGCGCUCGCACACGGAGGAGCGCCCUUUCAUCUGCGUGGGCUGCGACAAGGGCUUCAAGUACCGCGACACGCUCAAGAAGCACCAGAUCAUCCACGGCCACGAGGGCGUCCGCGAGGAGGCCAGCAAAAGCACCGAGGAGAUCCUGGCCCAAGCCGAGAAGAACCCGGAGAGCGCCGGCGACGCCCCCGAGGCGCAGCCGGCCCGCGGCAAAGCCCCCAAAGCCUGCCCGGUGUGCGCCGGCUCCUUCGACAAUGUCAAGACGCUGAACCGCCACAUCCAGAGCCACACGCAGGAGCGGCCCUUCCACUGCGUGCACUGCAAGAGGCGCUUCAAGCACCUGCACGGCCUCAAGCGCCACCAGAUCUACGCCAUCUGCCACAAGAAGACGGCCCGCUGCCCCUGGAAGAAGGAGGCCAAGGCCGGGCCCAGCCACGGCGACGGCCAGCAGCUCCAGAUCCCCGUCUGGUGCUCCAACUGCGGCAAGCACUUUGAGGUCCUGUCGGCGCUCAAGGAGCACCAGGAGAAGGUGUGCAAGGCGGACCUGCGCGAUGUCAUGACCUGCGGCGCCUGUGGCAAGGAGUUCAAGAGCCUCACCAUGCUCAAGGUGCACCAGAGGAUCCACGACCCGCUGUACUGCAAGGAGUGCGGCAAGAUCCUGGCCAGCCAGGCGGCCUUCGAGCGCCACCUGCUGAUGCACCGGCCCAUGGCGUGCACCAUGUGCGACAAGAGCUUCACGCUGAUGCGCCGCCUGCGCGAGCACUACGAGAAGCAGCACGCCUUCAGCGGGCCCUACCCGUGCUCGCAGUGCGACAAGAGCUUCUCGCAGCUCUCCUACCUGGCCGUCCACCAGCGCAUCCACAAGGGCGAGUUCCCCUUCGCCUGCGACUCCUGCCCCGCCCGCUUCCGCUCCUCCAACUGCCUGACGGUGCACCAGCGCAAGCACACGGGCGAGCGGCCCUUCCUGUGCUGGCAGUGUGGCAAGUGCUACCGCUCGGCCUCGGAGCUCACCGUGCACAUGGGCACGCACUCGGAGGCGCGGCCGUGGGCCUGCGCCCAGUGCCCGGCCGCCUACCGCACCAAGCAGCAGCUGGGCAACCACGUGGCGCAGGUGCACGUGGGCGUGCGCUACCCCUGCGCCAGCUGCGGCAAGCAGUUCAUGAAGGAGACCUCGCUCAAGCGCCACGAGCUCAUCCACACGGGCGAGCGGCCGUACCAGUGCACCGUGUGCGGCAAGACCUUCCUCACCGCCAACGAGCUGCGGCUGCACACCCGCUACCACACGGGCGAGCGGCCGUACAAGUGCGACGUGUGCGGCAAGGCCUUCAUCCAGUCGGGCUACCUCAAGUCGCACGUGCGCAUCCACACGGGCGAGAAGCCCUUCAAGUGCGACGUGUGCGGCAAGGCUUUCCGCAUGUCCUACCACAUGAAGAAGCACCGGCGGACGCACGCCACCAAGGCGGCCAAGACGGCCAAGGUCAAGACCUACGCUUGCGACCGCUGCGACCUGGCCUUCCUACACAAGAAGGCGCUGUGGGAGCACGCCGCCGCACACCCCGUCAAGGUGGAGCAAACAUUCGCCCAAGUCAGGAUCGAGUUCCAGUGACCAAAGACGCCGCCGUCCUUGCCUAAUAAAUCACGCUUUGCUCGUUUUUAAGCUGUCAUGUUUUAAAUAAACAAACAAAACGCCGGAUGUACGCUACUCUA